UACGCGCAGGGAAUCCGAUCAAUCUUAUCCACCUAAUACUAUAGAUAUGCCCAUUGAUCAUUUCCCCGAGAGCCCUCGCUACGCACCUCAUACGAACGCAACUUUCAAGCAAAGAUAUUUCUUUGAUUCGUCCUAUUAUAAGCCCGGAGGGCCAGUUUUUCUUUACAUUGGUGGUGAAACUUCAGCCGAAUCUAGGUUUUCUAACUUAAAAACAGGCAUUAUCCAGAUCUUAAUGCAGGCUACAAAUGGCCUCGGAGUCAUUCUGGAGAACCGUUAUUAUGGAAAAAGCUACCCUUUCAAUACAAGUACGACAGAUGAAUUAGCUUAUAUGACGACGGAACAAACCAUUGCAGACAAUGCCUACUUUGCUCAACAUGCAGUGUUUCCGGGUGUUGAAGGAGAUCUCACAGCACCAGGCACGCCUUGGAUCCUGUAUGGAGGAAGUCUGGCUGGUGCACAGACUGCAUUCUCAGUAAAGACGUAUGGAGACAUUCUGUAUGGAGGUAUUGCUAGUAGUGGCACUAUCCAGGCUGUAUUGGGUUAUCCUCAAUGGUAUGAUCCAAUUCAAAAAUUUGGUCCUUCCGAUUGCAUUGCGAGCAUAAAUUCCAUCAUCGACAAAAUGGACUUCCUGAUUGCCUCCAAAAACGAGGAAGCAGUUCAGAAAUUGAAGGCUAUUUUUGGACUUGAAGCUUUGUCUGAUAACAGAGACUUUGCAAUGACUAUAGCAUUUCCACUCGGAGGGCCAAUGAACUACCCAACGAAUACCUGGCAAGAACUCAAUUGGUAUUCUGGAUAUACCACCGACGACUUCUUUAACUUCUGUUCUAAUGUGACCAAUAUUUUCGCACCGGAAAACGUAACAUCUGUCGAUUAUAUCCUGGCCGAAUAUACUAAUGGCGAACCGUGGACCAAUCUUGGUAACUACGCCAACUACGUCAAGAAUACUCUAUUACCACUUUGCGAUGGCGUCGACAUCGAUAGCACGGCAUGUUUCGGCACUCAGAAUGCAACCUACUGGGCGGAUCCCACAAACUCUGGGGGCCGCUCUUACUUAUAUUCCACAUGCACAGAGCAAGGAGCAUACCAGGUCGCCCCUGAAUAUGGACCAUCAUUGGUGUCCCGGGUCUUGCAAGUUGACUAUACGCAACAAUGGUGUAACUGGGCCUUUCCUCCCGGCAAGUAUAAUUCCAUACCGCCCACCCCAGACCUAGACAGAUACAACAAAUACGGCGGCGUCAACCUCCGGGCUGACCGUCUUGCCUUCAUUGAUGGUGAUUCCGACGUUUGGCUUGAUCUUUGCUAUCAUUCAAACCUUGCCCCGCCCCGCCACUCAUCCGACUUACACCCAGAAUAUCUAAUUGCAGGCGGCGGUCACCAUUGGGAUAGUUAUGGGAUACUGGAUCUCUCGGCUGAGCCUCAGUAUAUUCAACAGGCCCACUUGUGGGAGAUUAGAACGGUCCAGAAGUGGCUUAAAAGCUGGAAUUCAACGAAGGGUUUUCGAUGAGUUCUUGCUCUGAAGUUGACGGGGG